AAUUGUUUAUGCGCACGCGUACUAAGUACUAGAUGUUAGCUGUCAUGAAGGGCGUUUGCGUUUGUGAAUUAAUGGACAAGUGAUUUAAAGUAUUUACGGUAAAUAUCGGUUUUAUUAAUAAAAGAGUGGUUGUGUUCAAAUAUUAUUGCUUCACCGAAUAGAUAGCCAGCUUUGCUGGUAAAUUUUAAACAAUGACAACGGACAUCAGUAUAGUGAGGUGGGACCCCACCUUGCAACAAGAAAUUGUCGAAGAUUACGAAUACGACGGGGGUAAUUCAUCGUCUAGACUUUUCGAACGGUCUAGAAUCAAGGCUUUAGCAGACGAAAGAGAAAGCGUCCAAAAGAAAACGUUCCAAAAAUGGGUGAACUCACACUUGGUCCGAGUGAACGCCCGUAUCUCAGAUCUUUACAUCGACAUGAGAGACGGCAAGAACUUAAUAAAACUUCUAGAAGUACUGUCCGGAGAACGACUGCCCCGUCCUACGAAAGGAAAAAUGCGUAUCCACUGCCUAGAAAACGUAGACAAAGCGUUACAGUUCCUAAGAGAACAGCGCGUUCAUUUAGAAAAUAUGGGAUCCCACGAUAUAGUAGACGGAAAUCCCCGCCUCUCCUUGGGUCUAAUAUGGACCAUUAUCCUUCGCUUCCAAAUUCAAGACAUCACAAUAGAAGAAACUGAUAAUCAAGAAACUAAAUCUGCUAAGGACGCACUUCUGUUGUGGUGUCAAAUGAAGACUGCAGGUUAUAAUAAUGUUAACGUUAGAAACUUUACAACAUCUUGGCGUGACGGUCUUGCUUUUAACGCUCUUAUUCACAAGCAUCGUCCAGAUCUUAUUCAUUUCGAAAAGCUGUCCAAAUCUAGCCCCAUCCAUAACCUCAAUAAUGCUUUUAAUGUAGCCGAAGACAAACUAGGCCUCACAAAAUUAUUAGAUGCUGAAGACGUUUUUGUAGAACAACCAGACGAAAAAUCCAUAAUCACUUACGUAGUUACUUACUAUCACUACUUCAGUAAGAUGAAGCAAGAAACCGUUCAAGGAAAACGUAUCGGUAAAGUAGUAGGUAUAGCUAUGGAGAACGAACGAAUGAUCAAAGAAUACGAAUCACUAACAAGCGACUUGCUUGCAUGGAUCGAAGCAACAAUAGUAGCUCUAGGUGAUAGAAAUUUCGCUAAUAGUUUAGCUGGCGUUCAAGCUCAACUAGGCCAAUUCAAUAACUACCGUAUUGUAGAGAAACCACCAAAGUUUGUCGAGAAAGGUAACUUAGAAAUUCUGCUCUUUACACUCCAAUCAAAAAUGAGAGCAAACAAUCAACGACCUUACACUCCAAAGAAGGUAAAAUGAUAUCAGAUAUCAACAGAGCUUGGGAAAGAUUAGAAAAAUCCGAACACGAAAGAGAACUGGCGUUGAGAGAAGAACUUAUCCGCCAAGAAAAACUUGAACAACUAGCUGCCAGAUUUAACCGAAAGGCAAGCAUGAGAGAAACUUGGUUAAGCGAAAACCAAAGGCUGGUGUCUCAAGAUAACUUCGGUCAAGAAUUGGCAGCCGUCGAAGCUGCAGCCAAGAAACAUGAAGCUAUCGAAACUGACAUAUUUGCAUACGAAGAAAGAGUACAAGCUGUUGUAUCAGUAGCUGGAGAAUUAGAAGCUGAAAAUUACCACGAUAUGGAAAGAAUCAAUGCUAGAAAAGAAAACGUUCUUAGACUAUGGAAUUACUUAUUGGAAUUGCUUAAAGCACGUAGAAUUCGUCUAGAUAUAUCACUUCAAUUACAACAGAACUUCCAGGAAAUGCUACAUAUUCUAGAUGCCAUGGAGGAAUUGAAACAACGUCUCCUUACUGACGAUUACGGUAAACAUUUGAUGGGCGUGGAAGACUUGCUUCAAAAACACAAUCUACUUGAAGCUGACAUUAACAUUCUCGGCGAUAGAGUAAAAGCAGUCGCUAGUCAGUCACAGAGAUUCGUCGAUAUUGAAAACGAAGAAGGAUAUAGACCAUGCGAUCCUGCCUUAGUAUUAGAACGUGUCCAACAAUUAGAAGAAGCUUACGCUCAGUAGUAAGACUUGCUGUUGAAAGAAGAACGCGCCUUGAAGAAAGUAAGAAAUUGUGGCAGUUCUAUUGGGAUAUGGCUGAUGAAGAUAACUGGAUUAAAGAAAAGGAACAAAUUGUUUCUACAUCAGAUAUUGGUCAUGACCUUACCACCGUCAACCUACUCCUUAGCAAACACAAGAUCCUUGAAAAUGAACUAUCUGCUCAUGAGUCACAGUUAGAGGCGGCCCUGGGUGUUGGAGAAGAACUCAUCAACGGAGGCCACUUUGGUGCAGAAAAGAUCCAAGAAAGGCUAAAUGAAAUCCGUGACGCAUGGAAGCAUCUUCUAGAUUUAGCAGCUUACCGCAGAAAGCGAUUAGAAGAAGCUGUAGACUAUCACCAACUGUUCGCUGAUGCUGAUGAUAUUGAUAUUUGGAUGUUAGAUACCUUACGAUUAGUAUCUAGUGAAGACGUUGGACAAAAUGAGGGUAACGCACAAUCUCUGCUCAAGAAACACAAGGAUGUUACCGAAGAACUUAAGAACUACGUGUAAGUGUCAUUGACGCCCUACACCAACAAGCAGAAGCUUUGGGACCAGAAGUAGCUAACUCACCAGAAGUCAAUAAAAGACUUGCUUCCAUCGACAACCGAUACAAAGAAUUAUUGGAAUUGGCCAAACUUAGAAAGCAACGCUUGCUUGAUGCUCUUUCACUAUACAAACUUCUUUCAGAAAGUGAUGGAGUUGAGCAAUGGAUCAAUGAAAAGGACUCGUAUGUUACAGACCAUGAUUCCUGCUAGAGAUAUUGAAGAUGUUGAAAUUAUGAAACAUCGUUAUGACGGUUUCGAGAAAGAAAUGAACAGUAAUGCUUCCCGCGUAGCUGUAGUCAACCAAUUAGCACGUCAAUUAUUGCACGUUGAGCAUCCCAAUUCAGAAGAAAUCACUGCCAGGCAAAAUCAUCUUAACCAGAAAUGGGCCGAAUUACGAGAAAAAGCAGAAGCUAAAAAAGAAGAACUUAACUCUGCUCAUGGCGUUCAAACCUUCCACAUCGAAUGCCGCGAAACUACUACUUGGAUUGAAGACAAAGUUAGAAUACUACAAACAACAGACAGUUUGGAAAUGGAUCUUACAGGUAUUAUGACCCUUCAACGUCGUCUCUCAGGAAUGGAAAGAGAUUUGGCAGCUAUUCAAGCUAAACUCACUGCACUUCAAAAAGAAGCUGAUAGUAUCGCUGAUGAACAUCCCGAAGAAGCAGCUGUUAUUAGGGAACGUAUUACACAAAUUCAGGUCAUUUGGGAGACAUUGACUCAAAUGCUGAAAGAAAGAGACUCGAAACUUGAAGAAGCUGGUGAUCUUCACAGAUUCCUUCGUGAUUUGGAUCACUUCCAAGCUUGGCUUAGCAAAACUCAAACAGAUAUCGCUUCUGAAGAUACUCCAAGCUCUCUUUCCGAAGCUGAGAAACUACUUUCUCAACACCAAGCUAUUAAAGAAGAGAUUGACAACUACACAUCUGAUUACACGAAGAUGAUGGAGUAUGGAGAGAGAAUUACAGCAGAGCCAAGUACUCAAGACGAUCCACAGUAUAUGUUCUUGAGAGAACGUCUAAAGGCAUUGAAAGAUGGAUGGGACGAAAUUCAUCAAAUGUGGGAGAACAGACAACAGCUCCUUUCUCAAUCACUCAGUUUGCAAUUACUCGACAGAGAUGCCAGACAAGCGGAAGUUAUCCUCAACCAACAAGAACACACUUUGGCGAAAGAUGAGAGUCCAACAACACUAGAACAAGCUGAGAACUCACUCAAACGCCACGAAGCAUUCCUCGCUACCAUGGAAGCUAAUGAUGACAAAAUCAAUGGCGUUGUAGAAUUCUCAAGAAGAUUGGGCGAUGAAGGACACUUUGCUGGAGAUAAGAUCACUAAAAGAGCUGACAAUAUCGAUGAACGUAGAAUGGCCAACAGAGAGAAAGCUCAAGCGCUCCUGGAAAGACUUAGAGAUCAAUUGGAGCUACAUCAAUUCUUACGAGAUUGCGAUGAAUUGGGCGAAUGGAUUCAAGAAAAACACAUUACAGCUCAAGACGAAACCUACAGAUCAGCCAAGACUGUUCACUCGAAAUGGACAAGGCAUCAAGCUUUCGAAGCCGAGAUUGGUGCUAACAAAGAACGCCUUCAUAACCUCCAAAAAGCCGCCGAAGAAUUGGCUAAAGAGAAACCAGAAUAUGCUAGUCACAUUCAACCAAAGAUCGAAGAUAUGGUAGAUCAGUUCGAUGUAUUAGAGCAAACGACGAAAGAGAAGGGCGAACGCCUGUUUGACGCUAACCGCGAAGUACUUAUCCACCAAACUUGCGAUGACAUCGAUUCGUGGAUGAACGAUCUCGAAAAACAAAUCGAAAGCGACGAUACUGGUGCCGAUCUGGCCUCUGUCAACAUUCUCAUGCAAAAACAACAG